CGGCCAGACAGAGCUCGGAGGUGCACAUAACACAUAACGAUCGCAACGUAUUAGAGUCAAUACGAAAACGCGUACGUAUCAUACGUGGGAGUGUUAAAUUCAUAUCUUACAAGUUAUAGUCAGAGAGAGGUUCGAUCGAAGUUCGCUAAUCUAGCAGUGUUUAGUGAAGAAAUCAUACUCGAAUAUCUACAUCGGACGCAACAUCAUGGCCGUUCUCGGAACGAUAAGCGGUCUUUUCUCAAUGACCACUGUGUAUCUCAUGGUAGCCGUGGUCGUUAUCUUCUUCAUCUAUGAUUACUGGACUCAUACGUAUUUCAAGAGGCUUGGUAUUCCGGGACCCCCUCCCAAACCCAUCUUUGGCAAUGCGUUGGACUUUGGCGAGCAGCCCAUUUUCGAGUUGCUUGACGAGUACGCAAAUAAAUACGGUCCAGUUGUCGGUAUCUACAUGUGGAGGCGACCUCUGCUCCUAGUCAGAGACCUUGAUAUACUACGUGAUAUCAUGGUCAAGGAUUACCAUAGAUUCUACAAUAAAUUUCCGAUGCCGGUGAGCUCAGGAAGUUUCGACAACGCCCUCUUCCUCUUGAGAGACGCACAGUGGAAGAGAGUUCGUGAUAUCAUGACACCAACCUUCACAGGAAAGAAAAUGAAAAUGAUGUCAGAUAUCCUCAAUGAAGGUGCAGACACAAUGGUUGAGAAGCUAUUACAAUCUUGUAAGGAGGAUGGAAACAUCGAUUCACUUGAAUUGUUUGGGAGCUUUGUAAUGGACUCUGUGGCAAGCUGUGGGUUUGGUCUCAAGGUCAACUCGCAGAAGGACAAAGAUGACCCCUUUAUUAAAUACGCCAAGAAAUUCUUCGACGUUUCUUUCAACUCUCCGAUUUUUAUGGCUGUUUCUUUCAUGCCUUGCCUGAGGCCGGUCUUCAAGCUCUUCAAUUUCUCAUUAUUCCCGAAAGACGUCAUUCACUUCUUUACUGACGUCACAGAGAAGGCAGUCGCUCUGAGAGAAAGUCAUCCUUCCAAACAGCGAGUGGACUUUCUACAGCUCCUGAUUGAUGCUAAGAACGGUAAAAGCAAAAUGGCGAGUGAAAACGACGAAGACGACAUCCAUAACAAAUACUUCGAAGACACAGGGGCUGAUGAGAACAUUUCGACCAAAACUCAGAAAUACAUGACAAGAGAGGAACUGCUUGCUCAGAAAUGA